GCGCGCGGGCCGCGGCCGAGCAGGAGGCUGCAAGGAGAGCCCGCGGGGGCCCUGGGAGUGCAGUUCCUCAGCCCCCGCAAAACAAUGUGUGGCGUGCUGCGGGGUGCAACUUGCCGGAGGCGGCGGGGGCGCGCCGAACCCGCCUGAGACCGCGCCGCUGACCUUCUCCCCCCGCCGUCCGUUGGGCCCGAGCGCCCAGCUUCUCGCUCCCCAGCUCGCGGGGGCCGGGCCGAGCUGCAGGGCGGGGCCGCCCCUCCGUCGCUGCUGCCUCCUCCCCCACCCCCAGCCGCUGAGGAUGCGGACGGCCCCCGGCGGCGUCUAGCGGCCCCGGGCCCAGGCGCGAUGGUGCAGCAGAGGGGCGCGAGGGCCAAGCGGGACGGCGGGCCGCCGCCCCCGGGGCCCGGGCCGGCCGAGGAGGGGGCGCGUGAGCCUGGCUGGUGCAAGACCCCGAGCGGCCACAUUAAGAGACCGAUGAACGCGUUCAUGGUGUGGUCGCAGCAUGAACGGCGGAAGAUCAUGGACCAGUGGCCCGACAUGCACAACGCCGAGAUCUCCAAGCGCCUGGGCCGCCGCUGGCAGCUGCUGCAGGACUCGGAGAAGAUCCCGUUCGUGCGGGAGGCGGAGCGGCUGCGCCUCAAGCACAUGGCGGAUUACCCGGACUACAAGUACCGGCCGCGCAAAAAGAGCAAGGGGGCGCCCGCCAAGGCGCGGCCCCGCCCCCCCGGCGGCGGCGGCAGCCGGCUCAAGCCCGGGUCGCAGCUGCCUAGCCGCGGGGGCCGCCGAGCGGCUGGAGGGCCUUUGGGGGGCGGCGCGGCGGCGCCCGAGGACGACGACGAGGACGACGACGAGGAGCUGCUGGAAGUGCGCCUGGUCGAGACCCCUGGGCGGGAGCUGUGGAGGAUGGUCCCGGCGGGGCGGGCCGCCCGGGGACAAGCGGAGCGUUCCCAGGGGCCGUCGGGCGAGGGGGCGGCUGUCACCGCCGCCUCCCCGACUCCGUCGGAGGACGAGGAGCCGGAGGAAGAGGAGGAGGAGGCGGCGGCGACGGAGGAAGGCGAAGAGGAGACGGUGGCGUCGGGGGAGGAGCCGCUGGGCUUUCUGUCCAGACUGCCCCCCGGUCCUGCCGGCCUAGACUGCAGCGCCCUGGACCGCGACCCAGACCUGCCGCCCCCCUCGGGCACGUCGCACUUCGAGUUCCCGGACUACUGCACCCCCGAGGUUACCGAGAUGAUCGCAGGGGACUGGCGCCCGUCUAGCAUCGCCGACCUGGUUUUCACCUACUGAGCCCACCGUCAGCGGGGCGCGCACGCCCCCUAAACCAGCUGUUUACAUACAGGAAUCAGGUAUUGGGGCCCCUCGGAGGCCGAGGCUGGCACCCCAUCUCCCGCACAGCCUCCCCCCUCCUAGACGUGCCCAACCCCCUUCAAAUCCAGACAUGCCCUUCCCCCGCAGACACACCCCAAGGCAGCCCAACCCCCACCCUUUCUCCGACAUCCAAGCCCCUCCCCAUCUUACCCCCUCCCGCACAGCCACCAGCAGCCAGCCCCCCCUCCGAUACACCUCCCGUCCUCUCCAAGAGACCUGUACCCCUCCCCCAUUUUGCACACGCCCUUCCUCACGGCCGGAGGACACGCCCCUGCCCUUGCUCCGGACUCCCUCCGCCUUAGCCUGGCCCGCCUCCUGUCUUGUUUGGGGGGGCGCUGCAGCUGGGCGGCCCCGCGCCCUCCUCCCUUGCCCCUCCCUCCCAGGGAGGGGGAGGGGCCCGUUCCUUUUCCCCGGGAACACUGGGAUCCGCCCCCUUCUCGCGCAUGCUUAAUGCUUCUUGGGAGGAGGGAGCUGGUCCCAGUCGAACCUCACGCCCCUGUCAGAUCCAGGAAGAAGGGGGGCGGAUAUAGAGCGAUCCUGAGAAAUCUUUUGAUCCAGGAGCCACGGCUUCCGUUCAACCCGACGGGGCGUCACUGCCUUAAAUGGGAGGAGCACUCGGAAGGGGGAGAAAGAGACUAGCCGGCCCGGAAGGGUUGGUGUGGAGCUUGGAACUCCCAAGUGGCAUAGCCCCUUUUCCCGUACGGGGUCGCCCAACCCACGUGCACCCACCCCUCACCGACUGCAUGACUGCCUCUACAGCUUGUUUUGGUUCCAAGAAGCCUACCUUUCUUUCCCCCACCUGGGAAUUGGGGGCAGGGUCUUUCUCUGGAAAUCCUUCAGGAAAGAAAAAGAAAACUCAGAACCAAGACACGUAACAGUUUGUUUGGGGACAGGGUCCUUAUGCUUCACACGCCCCCCCCCAAGUGCCCUUAUCACCUCAGGGCACACUCUCAGCCUGGGCUCCUUCCUAAGCCCACCGCCCCUUCCUGUCAUCCAGGUCCCUCUGCCUACAGUAUUCAGUGGGAGAAACUGAGACACGUUGGUACUAGGGGGUUGAGACUGAGGCGUAAUAGCAGAUGAAGUGGCAAGAAGAGCCCCACUUUUCAGCAGCUGGCUUCAGAGAGACCAUCGACUGGGCCAGUGAGACUGAAGGGAGGGUCAGAGUAGUCUUGGGCCGUUUGCGCCUAGCGCUGCUGCAUCCAAUUCGGGUGCCCUCGGAAACCCUGCCCCUGAUGCUGUUACCCCUCUUACUCCAGCUCCCCGCUCAAGCCCCGCCCCUCCGGCCUCCCCACGCCCCAUUUGCCCUCACUACCUGUAUCUCACCGGCGUGUGUUCACCCUCCUGGGUGUGCACACACUCUCAUUCACACACACAAAUCUCAGGAACAAACGGUCCCAGAGUCCUCCGGGACCCCUGCCCAGGGUCUCUGCAGGUCUCUGCCCCACGCGUUCCCGUCGCUGACAAAGCCACCAGCUGCCUCCUUUAAGCUUGGUGCUCCGGCUCUGGGCCUUUUUGCGCGCGCUCUCUUUCUCUCUUUUUCUCUUUUUCUCUCUCUCUCUCUUUUUUUUUUUUUUUUAAGAAAAACAACAACAAAAAAGACAAUGAAAAAUCCCAGAAAACGUCAUGUGAGUGAAGAGAUGUCACUGUCUGUGGUCUUGGAGAACUAGUCUCAUAGCUGAGGGGAGGGGGCACUGGCACCCACAGCAGGACUUCUGCCAGGACUGAAUAAAGUGUAUUUGCCCCAUCUC